AUGUACAUGGCUACAUGCAUUCUAUCGCGUCACAGGACUACGGCUUCGGGGGGAAGCCGGAAACCUGCGUUAACGGUCGAUCAGGGUUUCAACAACAAUACGGAGACCAUUUUGCAUGAGCCUUCUGGAAGCGAGCUCCGAUCGGGAGACAGGACUGCAUUACAAAAAGCCCGCUACUUUGCUACACCUCAUUCGGCCAGAGUUGAGAGAUCUAUCGGAGAAAAGGGCUUUCAGCAGCCAGCAACUCCAGAAUCGCUUCUCCUAACUCAGUUCUACGAAAGGUAG